AUGGUGGUUGGCCUCACAGCAAAGCCGUUGAGGCAUGGUGGUUGGCCUCACAGCAAAGCCGUCAGUCACCCGCUGCCAGCUUCCAGGUGCCAUCGGUGCAGCAGCCUGCUCGCGGACCAUCAACUGCUAGAGUUGAGUUUUGAGUCGACUCAAAAGUCCAUCGAUGCAGCAGCCUGCCCACGAACCAUCAACUGCCAGGCGACCGACUCUCUUGCGAGCAUCAAUUGCAAGUGA